AGUCAAUUCUUCACGAUGGGGAUCAGACCGUCGCGCACUGAUGGCGCGUCGGUCGGUGGCCGCCAGCGACGGCGGCAUCUCUCAGUCCUCCUCAUCGCCGCGUUGAUACUGUCGUGCUGCUCAGCACAAACGAGCAAGGCGAAGGCUAGAGCCCCCGCGACGGUGGCACCAGAGAGCGUCGUGGAGCCCAACGAGGGCGCUUUCGCCACUAUCAUGUACGAUUUUGGUGAGGACAGCGAGGCGCUGCUGCUAGCCACGCGCGUGCUUAUGCGCAGUAUCAAAGACUCCAACACCAAGUACCGUCGCAUGGUGAUUGUGCCGCAGGACGGACUGCAGGAGAGCAGCGAGAGGGCGCUCAAGGGGGACGACCCGGACCUGGAGAUCGUUCGCACUAACAUCCCCAACGUGUUCGCGCACAUGCCGCUGACCGACCACCGUACACAACUGCUACAUAUGCGCAACAAGCUCGUGAUAUGGGACGAUCCGCAGAUCUCGUCGCUCAAACGCGUGGUCUACCUGGACCCAGAGAACCUGGUACUGCGCAAUCUGGACGAGAUUUUCGCUUGCCAUCAGUUCUGUGCUGUGGACAAUGGCCAGUCAGUCGUGUACUCGAAUGGACUGUUAGUUAUCUCUCCCGAUAGUAUCGUGGCGAGGAACCUGUACUCAGAUGCCAUCGACGGCUUCAUGAUCACUGGCCGCGAGUACAAUUACAUCGGUAUCAUUCAAGGCUUCAUGCCCGGACUCUUUGAGGCCUUUGAGGAGAGUCCAUUGUUCUUCCUGGGAUGGGAUGGAGAUGACAACGGCGAAGAGAGCGACGGAGCAGACGAUGGUGACGAUGCAGUGGAUGCGGUGGACGUCUCGGUUGUCCACCGCUUGCCGUUCUACUACAGUAUCAACCACAUGGUCUUCUAUGAACGCAUGAACUGGGAUCUAUACAAAUGCAAGGAUAAGAACCUGGCCAAGGGGGAGAUCCCUGGUCCCUUAUUGAGCUACAAGUACAGUGGCGCUACUGUGAAGCCGUGGUUCUGGCUGCCGUACACGUACUUCCAGGUGUUCUGGUACUGGCAGGAUGUGCGUGCACGACUGGGAGAAGACCAUUUCGGCAAUUUUCUAGGCAGGGUGGUGUCGUUCCUGGUCAUUUUCGCCUUCAUCUGGUUUGCCUACAUCUCCCUCUGUUUGAAGCUGUUCACGGAGCCUAAUGGACGACCACGCCGCUUGUCAAGCUGGGGCCUGCCCACUCCUGGCAACGCACAGCCACUCUCCAUCGAUGUGUUUAACUCUCGUAUGGUGCGUCGAGCCUGUCAGUUCUCAUGCAGUGCUCUGUAUGCCAUUGCAUCCAUGCCACUGGUUUCAAGCGUCUCCAUCGUCGUCCUGCUUACUUGGUGUAGUAUCCAGGUGAUCCCAAUCACCAUGCAGCCCAGUUACGCAGGGAAACUCUGGGUUAUCGUGCACGACCUGAUGCUGACAACACUAUUGCUGAUUUUCGCAGUGGCACACACGUUGCGUACUGCUCAGUGGAAGAAGGACGAGGUGCCAGCAACGUCAGAUAUGCUGCUGGGUGGCAUCUGGUGGUGUGUCAAGAAGCUGCCGCUGCUGGUGCUGGCACAGCUUCAGUUCCUGUACAUGAUCGGCCGUACCGAUUGGUUCCAGAACCCCGUGCUGCGUCCUGUCAUGACCUUCCUCUUCUUUGCCACCGCCGCCAUUGUGGAAGGCCGCAUUCUUGUUGUCGAGAUGCACCGCAUCACAAGGAACUGAUCGGCUUUGGCUCCGAUUAUACAUAGGGAAUGACAGACAAACCUGCCGAUUAUCAGCUAGUAGCAGCUAGACGCAGAGACAAGUGCGAGCAGUUUGUAUGGUACGACACAAAAAUGCCAAUAGAAAAGGAACUAGGCACGAAUAUUAGUCAACUAGUAGUCCGAGCGGCGCUUCUUCUGAGAGCCAGGUACACAUAACACACAUUUUCGUCAGCCCAAUUGAGAGAUAGAGAGAGAAGAACCUUCUUUCGACACACCUGACUGACCUGGAGUUCCUGAGUCGACAGGGGCUGUUUGCCGCCGGUGAAUGUCCGUUCUUGUGGUGUUUCUGUCCGUUGCUGUUCAGCUGCAUCUUUGCGUAGAUCUUUCACGACUGCAGCCAGCGCCUCCGGGUUGACGCCCUUCUGGAUAAGCGCCAUUAGGAUCGCCAGGGUGUCCCGGUCCAGACCAGUGUUGAGCAGACGGGAAAGCUCGUACACGGCUGCGAGCAGUUUGACAAAGGAGAGGAUGCAUUAGAGAUGGAUGUGAAAGUGCUUGAAGCGUUGAUAGGGCAACGCACUCUCCAUGACUUCCGCGCGAGAGGCGGUGAUGCCGUCGCUCAUGUUGCUUAUGGUGCGGAAUCGCAAAUUUUAGAUCCGGAUAACAAAAACAAAUCCGGAUAAACCGAUAGUUUCUGGUAGACUUCAACUUUAGCGUACAUUCAUUUUUUCCCUACGGAAACUUGGCGCUGAGCGGCGAAAAGGUGAGAUUGAAUGAUCAGUCUUCCUCAAUUGUCGAGUUUUAAGUAACGCAAUUCACAGCUAUGACGAGAGACCGUGCCGUAUGUCCUGACAUGAAACAUUUCACUUAGUAAAAGAUAAAAAAAAAA